GCACCUUUUUUUGCUGCAGAGAUUUUUGGAAUACUUGUUUGUAUACGAUUUUCAGCUUUUCCUUUGUCAUGUCUGGAGUGUUUAUAAGUUCAGUCGGCUUUUUGAGUUUUGUUUUUUUAAAAUCAAUGUUUUUUCUUUAAAAUCAGGACUGAAGUUCUGGAUUGUAGUGCUUUGUUUCUGGUUUGUAAAGCUUGUACUCUAUUAGCUAUUGGGAAUUAAUGCCUGAAUAAAGAUUCAACAGUGUUGCAGAUUGCUUUAUUGGACUUCAGAGGCUGCUGUUCAAAUUAAAGCUUCAUUUGCCUUAUAGCCAUAUAUUUGGAUUAUGACUGGAUUUCUGAGGCAUUUAAGAAUGGUGAAAAUAGUAAUGUAUUGACUGCAAGAAAGGAGGUUUCUGACUUUUCUGCUGAUUUCUAAAAAUAAUUGAAUUCCACAGUUAUUAUUGAGACUGAAUGAAUAUUUUUUCUUUUUUGCUAUCUACACCAUUUUGACGUGUAGCUGUUUGUAAGGUGGAAAUCGAUGAACAUAUCUUUACAGUUAAUGGAUGCUUUCUUGUUUCUGAAAAUUCUAUAAGCAGAUCAUCCAUCGGAUAUUAUUUUAGCAAGAUGCAGAGGGUGCAGUAUGGACGAAUUUUUCUAUCUGUAAAGAGAAAUUACACUGCAGACAACGCACAGAACCAGUGCAGAGAUAUUGGGAGGGCUGCUUUAUCCCUGUAAUAAACUGCUGCCAAGCAAUGGCACCUUUUCAGGACUUGCAAUCUGAGGCCUGAGCCAGACAAUGGUAAUAAUGAACUCCACACUGGACAAAAAUUAUUCUUACCAGCUGUUUUGUCUCCUUGGCAUUGAAUAUUCACAAGCUGCAGGCUUCUGCGUCCUGGAAGUGGUUGUAAUAAUGUUUUUGACUGUGUUGAUUAUUUCAGGGAAUCUCAUUGUUAUUUUUGUGUUUCACUGUGCCCCUUUGCUGAAUCGUCACACUCCUAGCUGUUUUAUUCAGACUAUGGCAUACGCUGAUCUUUUUGUUGGUGUCAGCUGUCUCAUCCCUUCUCUCUCUCUAUUGCAUUUUCCAACAGGAUUUCAUGAAUCUUUGACUUGCAAAAUUUUUGGAUAUGUAGUUUGUGUUUUAAAGAGCGUGUCUAUGACAUCAUUAGCUUGCAUCAGUGUUGACCGAUACAUUGCCAUUACAAGACCUUUAUCAUAUAAUGCUCUAGUAACUCCUUGGAGGCUGCGAGUCUGCAUUAUUUUGAUCUGGAUAUACUCCUGCAUUGUUUUUCUACCUUCAUUUUUGGGUUGGGGCAAACCUGGCUACCAUGGUGACAUAUUUAAAUGGUGUGCUUUGUCUUGGGAUACUAAUACUUACUUUACCGCUUUCAUCGUGGUGAUGCUGUAUGCUCCAGCAGCUUUUACUGUUUGCUUUACAUAUUUCAACAUUUUCCGUAUUUGUCAGCAACAUACAAAAGAAAUAAGUGAUCGGCGUGCCCGCUUUAGCUCACAGGAGGCUGAUUCAGCUGAUAGCCAGAGCUGCCCUGACAGACGCUAUGCAAUGGUUUUAUUUCGCAUUACAAGUGUAUUUUAUAUACUCUGGCUACCCUAUAUCAUCUAUUUUCUUUUAGAGAGUUCUAACCUUUAUGAAAAUUCUCUUGCCUCCUUCCUGACUACCUGGUUGGCAAUCAGCAACAGCUUCUGCAAUUGCGUUAUCUACAGCCUGUCAAACAGUGUUUUUCGGAAAGGCCUGAAACACCUCUCUGGGGCAGUUUGUGCAUCCUGCAGCUGUCAUGUGGAAAACAAAAUGCCACCUGUCGCAAGCAGCAAAAGGUCCACUAAUGGCUGCACUGUUUAGAUAUUACAAAAGUACUGCAAUUGUGGGAAAAUGUGUAUGUUAGACCAAUGCUGGUUUUGUAGUCCUACUUGGAUUAUCUCUGAAGGAAAAUGGAGAAAAUCCGUACAUACAGUUGGAGUAGUACAGUAGUUAAUGCAUGAUUUUGUUUUGAAUUCCAUUUUACCUUUAUAAAUAAUGUAUGAGAGCUUUUUAAGUUGUAAUGAUUAAAAUGAAGGCCUGCAAAGAAUUUUACUAGAAGUGCAUUCAUAAAUGAUAGUCUGUAUAGUAUGUACAAUUAAAUGCCUAUACUUCAGAUGUAACAUCGGAAUAAUAGUAAUAAAUAUUAGUGAAAUUUUUUGCAAAGGGUUUAGAAAUGUUAAUGCAAGUAACUGGUUGAGGCAACUUCUUUAUUUUGUAUUUUAACUUUUUUUUUUUUGGGUUGCCUAUAUGGUUUUUCUUGUGGAUUUGUAGCCACUUCUGAUGUGAUGUUCAAUGUUUAUUUAUUUGUAGCACCGUACUAUGCAAGGGCAAACAUAGCUUAAAAAAAAAGUCAAUGUGCUUCUUUAGAGUCAGACAUUGUGCCUGUUAGUAAACGGUUAACCCACUACAAAGAAUUUUCAAAAUUCUAAUAAGAAAGUAUAACUAUUAGAAAUAAGAAAAGUGAUAUUUGUAUUAAACUAAUUCUGAACAAAGUAAAUUACACAGAGCAGCUUUUGAAAUGUUUUACACAUACAGUAUUUAAUAUCUGUUGGUUGACCAUAUUCUUCAUAUUUUAGAAUACUUAUCUUGCAGACACCAUGAGCUAAGUAUUAGAAUCAGAAUUUAUAAUAUUGUUCUUCCUUCACAAUUUUGUUUUUCUUUUGCUGUCAAAUUUGUUUAACUGAAAUUUUUUAAACAAAAGCUAGGGAAAACAAUUUUCUAGUCUUCUAGCAUGAUCAGGUCCAUUUUGACAUUUGUAUUAUUCUGCUUUAGUUUACAGUUAAUUUCCAUUUUCUGUUUAUAUGUUUAAAAUUUAUGUAUGCAGGCACACACACGCUUUUUAUGUAUGUGAAACUUUAGUUUCCAUGUAAAAACAGUCUAGUCGGCUAAAAUUUCAUAAUAAAUUAAAAAGAUGAUUUAUAUCUUGCAACACAUGUAACCCUUAAUGACUUUUUGAAAUUUCUUUUCUACAUAAUAUUUAACUUUCUAUGCUUCCUGAUAAAGAAUUUUACCUUUGAGUUAGUCUAGUCUGUUAAAUAUCUCGUAGACCCAACAACGGCCUUUAGCACAUGUUAAUAUGAAAGAAUUAGUGAGGUGAAAGGAACAGAAGGGAUUUAUAGGAGUAGCUGCCAUUAUGCAGUUGGAUUUUAUAUCUACUCAUUAUAAAUAUAAACUCUUAAUUUCAAUAAAGUUGUAUUAAAAAGUUUAGUUUUUUCCAUAUAUUGAUGAUCUUUGGGAUAGAUAUGAAUUCUUCCCAACCCUGUGCUUCAUAUUAUAGAUUCACACAACUGUUGGAUUCUUUUAUUAAAAUAAAUAAAUAAAUAAAUAAAAGUACCAGUAAUACCAAGUAGGGAAAGAUCCUGUAAUCAUUUUCAUAUAGUUUUUAUGAUUAUCUGAACUAAAUAAGUGCAGUUAUCCUUUAAGGGACAAUCAUUAAUUUUAGUUUUUGUUCUUUGUAGCCAAACAUGUUUAUUCUGUUGUAUUUUCUAUAACUGUUCUUUUAUUAAGAAUUGUUUAAAAUAUAAUUAAAGACACUGUUUCUCAAUUCUCAUUUUUUAAAUAAUUUAAAACAUUCAGUGGGAAAUUAAGUGAGUUACAAUCAACUGUUUUUAUUACCAUCUUAAAUAAUGGAAACAUGUAUUUAUACUCUAUAUUUUGGCAAACAUUUAUCAUAAUUUGUUAAUCUAUUUUCUUAUUGCAGUUUAAAAAAAAAAGUCAAGAUCAGUGAGUGUGUAGAAAAAAAAUAAAAACAAGCAUCCAGAUAGUACAGAAACUGUGAUUUAUUUAGUUGUUAUUUUUACAACUUAAAAGCUGCAGUUGACAUAUUUAUGUAUGAGCAGCAAAAAUAUUUUCUUUACCUAAGCGCUUAUUAUGUAUUAGAAAAGUUUAACAUAAGAACAUUAGGUACAUGGUACUUCAGAAAGUACAGAUAAGAUAUUGGAUGCAAUCCAACUUGAUAAAGAGUUGAAAUAUUUUUUUUUUUUAAAAGCUAUAGUCCAUUGUGUCCUUUCGCUUUUUGGAAAAGAAUCCCCUGCUUAAAAAAAAGUGUAUACUUUUUUAUGCUACACUUUCUUUAAUAUUUAUUUUCCUUCUAAUUAAAGUGGAUUUGCGAGAGGAAACUCGUACUUUUUUCCUUUUAACAUAAUCGUAGUACAGGCAGGUUAUGAAACUCCAUAUGUAUAUACAAAUCAAAGUGCACAAUAUACACAUUUAUAUGUAUUUUUGCACAUAUAUAUAUAAAUUGCUGUUCUCUUGGUUUUUUUCUUCAUUUCUUACUUGUUUGUUGAUGUAUCAGGUUAAUUUUAACAGUAUUAUGUGAUGUACCGUUUGCUUUUUCUAAUUAUCAGUUGUUUCCUCAACCUACAAUUAGUAUUGCUCUCCAAAUUCGGACAAUUAAGUAGGUGCUAAUCUAAAAAUACUAUUGUUUUUAAAAUCUGUGAAGUAUAAUGAAGAGGGAUAAGAUGGCAUUCCACUCAGAUUGAUCAAUAAGUUUAAUAAUAAAAAUCAAUUUUAGUCUGUGGUACUUUAAAGUUAAUUAAAUGUUUUUUUUCUUUCAAUCACAGUUUCUUGCAUUUCUUACUAAUGCAAGGAUGUUUAAGCUGCAUGUUUGCACAACAGUAGUUGGUUUCCUAAAUUUUUUAUGUGGUAUUCUAUUUGUGAGGUAUAUACAAAUAUUUUAAUGUGAGAUUUAUCUCCUACUCUAGUUCCUAAUAGGAACACUUUAUGAUGAGUUUUCUGUAAGCUGUUCAGCUUCUUACUUAAGUAAAAUUUAAAUUAUUGAGAAAUGACUGAUUUUUCAUGUAAUUUCCAUGUAUGUUACACUUUUAUUGAAUCUGUAUUUAUUAAUAUGUAAUAAUAUCCUAGAGUUUAUUUUUAUUAAUUAUUUAAAGAAGUAGUCAUUUACCAAAAUGUAAGGUUAUUGGAUACUUUUUAAUUAAUUGUCCUGGUGCAUUUUUAUUGUACAUAUAAUAGACGUUAAGUAAAUCCCUUAUGGACUGUGUCAUCUACCACACUGAUUAUUAGCUAUUUUGAAAUAUAUUUCUUGGUUCUUUGUGAGUUUGUAUUUCUAUAUCAGAUUCAUAUAGUUUAACGUAAAAAAUAGUACUUUGCCUAUAGAAGAUAAAAUAUUUAUGUCAAGUAUGGUAUGGUUCCUUAAAAACAAUCAUUAAAUUCAUAUGUAUUCUAGAUUACAGCAGAUGUUUACACUUUGUUGAAUCAUUGUAUGAUAAAUUACCCAUCAGCAGCAUUGGCCAGCAAUGGAUUAAAAGAAAAAUUGGCAUCACGUGCGAUGUCAGUUAUUUUUCAUGUGUUGCAUCAAUUUGAAAAUGAAUUACAAAACCUAUAGAAGUAAAACUGCUAAUUGAAAACCAUGCAGUUUGCUGAGUACAAUGUUGUGAUGUCGUCGUUUUUCAGCAUGCAUACAGGUGUUAGCAGAAUAGCAGUGUGCAGUAGCUGUAUAUAAAUGGUUAAUUAAUUUUGAUCUAUAUGAAAGGGUACAAACUGGUUAAAAAAGUUGCCAACCACAAAGCCAUCCUGGAAAAAACCUGCCUAUAUCUUGGUCUGUAGCUCCUGAUCUGUUUUUUCAGGAAGUUUAAGAUAUAUAUUUGAAUAUAUCCUGAAAGCAAAAUCCAUCAUUCUGAUACUCAUGGCUACAGUACAGUUUCAGUUUCAAAACAACAAAGGAACUUUAUAAAAGCAAUCAGCAUAUGCUAUUUUAAUUUGAUCCUAAACCAUAGCUAAUUGGCAAAUUGUAAUAGAUGUCCAAGUAUAAAAUAUUUAUCUGAGUUUUUAGGCAUUAUUUUAAAUAGAAGCUUGGAGAAAAAAGAACAUUUUAAUACCCAUUAUAUUUGUCAGGUAUGACACAAUGGUUGAAAAUUUGUUCUUAACAAAGUACUGUAUAUCAAUAAUAUGUCAAGUCUUGCAAUCUGAGUCAUGAUUCAUUUUUAUUGCUAUUCUAUUGUUUUAACAAAUGGGAAUGGUAGAUCAUAUCUAAAGAUAAAUUUUGCUGAUUUUAAUGGAGGACCUAUCAUCCACAAAAAUAUGCUUAAUUUAAAAAAAAAAAAAAUCUUUGUUUCUCUUGAUAUUUGUCUAUUGUAUUUUGCAGAAUGAUUUGUUCAAGUUUGCCAGAACUAGUACCGUUUUUAUCAACUAGUCCUUCAGGUUGCUACAGAUUUUUCUGUUAAAAUCUAACCCUUCAGUUUAAUGAAUGAUGGGUCUCAUGUUAGUGUGUUUGCACUUACCCAUUUGACUCCCAUUCAAAACUGCAUGAUUUUCAAAAAAACAAAAAAAAGUGUUUACGCAUAUAAUGCUUAAAUUGAGUCCACAAUAUGGCAUUCAUAGUAGUCUUAUUGUCUUUUGCAUUUCUUCUCUCUGAUAUAUCUUUUCAUGCAUGUAUGUAGUUUUGAGUCCAGUGCUAAGAUAAAAAGUAAAUUUAGGACUACCACCAAAACUUGUAAAUUGUUUUUCCUCUUGAAAUAGGCCUACCUUCAGCCUGGCCUAAAUUUCUCAAUUUUUAGUAACUGAAGAGAAAUCUGAAAAUGUAUUUCAACCUUAAAAGAAAGGGUGGGUGGCUUGACUUUUUAACUAUGUUUCCAGUUAUGUCUGUAACUGCUUUAUAGAUCAUGUGCAAUGGUGGUGUUUGACACUUAAUACCGUCUUUGUGAAAAUGAACAAAUCAUAUGACUUCCAGUAAAAAGGGCUUUUGGGUGUUUUUUAGUAUAAUGGGUUUAUUUUCUUGCACAGUUGAGAGAAAAAAAAAGUUGAACAUCAAAUUCUCCAUAUAUGUCCAUUACCCUUUUUUGUGGAAGUGUAAGUAAUGACUCACAAAACGUUGCACGUCAGACUGUUAAUAUUGCUGAACUGAUGACAUACAGCACAUGUACAGCUUUUUUUUUUUUUGCUCUUUGACGUCUGAAUCACGAAACAGAAUAUAUAUUUUGUAAAUGAGCAUGAAUUGACUUUACUGGGCUUUAUUCCAGUAAAACUCAGAGCUGCUGUCAUUUAACAGUUUAAAAUAUUAAAAAUGACUUUGAAUCUGGACAGGAUUAACAAACAGACAAGGAAGACCCUUCCUGUUGAGUUUCUUCAAACGUCUUUAAGUAGCAAAUUGCUGCUUGGGGAUUCUUCAUUUUUUGUACAACUCAUUCCUUACAUGGAUUAAGGAAUGUUUUCAUACACUGUAGUUAUGCAGCUGGAUAUAUUCAGCUGAGUUUAUCUUUCUGUAAAGCAAUAUUUUUUUAAUGACUUGACACUGUCAUUGCAUGUUACUUAUGAAUAUACAUUUCAGUAUGUCACAUUCCUGAAAUCAAUAAAAAAUUUGCACUUUUGCCAUUACUUAUUUUUUUCAGUAUUUUAAUAUACUGUGAAUUAUAUUGAUGUGAUAACUUUAAUAAGAGAAAUUUUAAUAAAGGAUUUUUUGGUGGUGAGGAUACCUGUUUACAGCAGGUCAUCAUUUUUUGAUAGACAUGUAGGAAAAUACCUCUUUUUCUUAGAGCCAAUUUAUUUUUUAUGGCUAGUGAAAAUGUAGCGCUGUAUAAAUUGCCUCAACUAGAGAAAACAAAGUAUUUCAAAGUUUACCUUUGCUUAUUUUCUUUAUUAGGUUACGUUUUAAAAAUAGAACUCUUUUACUUAGAGGUUUGAUUACAUUUGCUUUUUAUUUAAAGCAUUAUAUCAGUAAUGAUUUCAAGUAGCACAUGGUGCCGUAAUGCUAAGAGAGCUUUAUUUUCACAAAGAUUUGAUUUGGGACAUGAAGUGCCAAAGACCAAGCAAUAUUUUUCCUGUGGGAAAGUUUUUCUUUAAAAGGAAAUCAUCUCAACUAAAUAAAGGGCUAACCAUCUCUAGGGAUAUCCAUUUUUCUCAUCCAUAUUUCUAAGAAUAUGCCAUAUUUGGAUUUAUUCAUUUUAAGUAAUAUUUACACUGGAAUUAAAUGCAAGUGUUGGCAUUAUUUAUCUCUUAUGAGCCUAAUAAAAUCAACAAAAGUGUCUGUAAAAUCAUGGUAAAUGCUUCAUAUGUCAGCAGAGUAGUUUGAAAUUCUCAUUUGUUUGUUGAUUAAACAUUUAUUGUUUUUACAAAGCCUGGUGAUUUUAGCUUGUGUAUGGAAGCUGUUGUUUUAAAAAAAUUACAGUGUAUACAGAUUUGCUGUCAAGUGUCUCACAACAUGGAAAAUAUUCAGUGACUUUUAAUACUAAGAUACCCAGUAUAUAUUUUUUCAUUUUGGAGCUGUGUAUCUGAUUUGCUGUAAAAAUAUUGUUGAAACCCAAAAUGAGUCAUAUACAAUAUAUUCUGUAAUGUGCUCAAGCACCUUCAGUUUUGUAAGUGAUUGGUAUCAUAAAUGGAGUAUGUUAAACUAUUUAUUAGCCUAUCUUGUGUUCCAUGUAUAUCAAAUAUAACUGCAUAAGUAAAUAAACAGUGUGGUAUUUAAUUAUGC